AUGGCUCCGGCGCUGACUCCUGUGGAUUUCCGGGGCGAGGACAUUUUUCACGAUCUUGACGUGGAAGGGAGACCGAGCCAAAUUCACGGCAGAGGCACUUUCUCCAAGAACGGUGCAUCGAAGAACGACGUUCUCUUGAGUGUCAUUCUACCUAGCAAAGCAGUAGAGAAAGGUUUUGCUUCUAAUAGCGAUGGUGGAUACGACUGCAAUCAGCAUGUGAUGCACAAAGAUGGCCUUGGUGUCAUGUUCAUUGACCCGGGUGCGCGAAUGCGAGGCAACUUGGGGGCAUGUAAAGAAGACUUCAAGCUCGGGGUGCUCAGAUUGCUCAACCAUUCUGAUGAUCCCAACAUCGCCAUCUCUACCCGCGAGGCAGCAAUACCCGACUGGUACGAAGCACUUGGUGAAAAGUUUACCACGUGGUACGAGUGUACGCUGGUGGCUACUCGAGCGAUCGGAGUAGAUGAAGAGAUGACGAUAGAGUAUGCUCUUGCGCCGAAGGGCAUCCGUCUGGCAAAGUAG